AUGGAUAGCGACGUGGACGCGGCACUUUUGAGAUUAGCAACCGAGCUUGCGGAUGGGACUCCCAAGGAAUACUUCCUCAAGACCUGCUCUGAAGACUUUGCCGAGGUCAUGAUGAAGGGCGAGUUCCUGGCAUUGGAGGAGAUGCACUCCCAUUUGGCCGAGUCCUGUGCCAAACCACAUAUCUGGGGAGAAUACGAGUCCAGCCCCGGAACCUACUUCCUGGUGAUGGACUUUCUAGACCUUAUCGUGGAGCUUCCGGACCCGGUCAAGAUCGCUUCGCUUACGGCACGCCUCCACGAGAAGACGGAAGGCCAAUCCCCAAAUAACAUGUUUGGCUUCCACGUCCCCAACUGUCAUGGAAAGAUCAUCCAGCCAAACGAAUGGGACCCGAACUGGACUAGCUACUUCACUAAGCUUUUGACCAUGUUCUUCCAGGCCGACAUCGACUUCAACGGGCCGGAUGAGGAGUACCAACAGGCCUUCGCCAUCACCAAGCAGCAUGUAAUUCCCCGGCUGCUCGAUGCAUUGACCGCAAACGGCCGCGAGUUAAUCCCCUGCCUGGUGCACGGCGACCUGUGGGAGGGUAACAUAGCCACCAACGAGGAGACGGGCGAGCCGAUGGUGUUUGACCCCUCGCCAUUUUAUGCCCACCACGAGUACGAGCUUGGGAUGUGGCGAAGGAACUGCAUCCCGAUCGACAUUGUGUACAGGAAGCAGUAUCUGUUACGCCACCCACCGAGCGAGCCAUACGACGAGGUCGACGAUCGUAACAGGCUGUACAGCCUCUUGUUUAACAUCUCGCACUGCGCUCACUGGGAGGGUGGCGCGGAUCUGACAAGGCCGGAGGUCCUAGGGGACAUGCAGUACCUGAAUAUCAACGAAUAUUUAGCUGGACUUGAUCUCGAAUUCACACCCUCAGAGGAGCGCCGAACACGAUGGAAGAUUGACCUGAUCAUCAUCCCCAUCUUUCUCAUCACCAACGCGAUGCAACAGAUGGACAGGACUGCCCUUAACUACGUCAACCUGUUCGGAUACCAAAAGGCUCUCGGGCUGCACGGCAACCAGUUCAACUUCCUCUCAUCGAUGGUCUACGCGGGAUAUUUCUUCGGGCAGUACCCCUCCGGCUGGCUGAUCGGGCGAUUCCCGGCGCAGAGGGUGCUCAGCAUCAGCAUCCUGGCUCUCGGGGUGCUGAUGAUUAUCAUGACGCAGUGCACGAGUUAUAGCAGCGCGUUGGUGGUGCGGUUCUUUACUGGCAUCUUUGUGGGUGCGGUCAUCCCUUGCCUCAUUCUCAUGACAGGUUUCUGGUUUACACGCCGUGAGAUCCCGCUGAGACAGUGUAUCUGGUUCUCUGGCCUUGGCUGGGGCGGGAUCGUCGAGUCUUAUAUCUCGAUGGGCAUUUCCAAAUUGCCAGAGGGCAUGUCUCCUCCGAAAUGGCAACUGGUAUUCUACAUUCUUGGCGGGAUCAGUUGUUUCUGGGGAGUAGUCAUCUUUUUGUUCCUCCCGGAUAACCCGUCUACUGCGUCCUUCCUCACGCCGAGGGAACGAAUUGUCGCAGUCGCGAGAGUUGCUGGAAACGGAACGGGUAUCAAGAACAAGCACUUCGACAAGAAACAAGCUUGGCUUGCCUUCUACGACCCCAAAACUAUCCUGUUAUUCUUAUCCGUCGCUGGUGCAGCAAUUCCGAACGCCGUCAUCACAUCCUUUUCGACAGUCAUCAUCAGGGAUAUGGGCUUUACCACAACCAAGACGACAGCACUGAAAUCAGUUGGGGAUGCCGUUCAAAUUGCCGGCCUUUUCAUAGGAGGCACGAUCACUCUGAACAUUCCAAACUCCCGGCUGGUAACAGCUGCUGUAGCGGGCGUUAUCUGCACCGUCUGUGCUGCGACGAUGGCAUACCUUCCGCGUUCCAACACAUGGGGCCGAUUGGUUUCUUUCUGGCUGGUCAACUUCCAGUCCGUAAGCUACACCAUCAGUCUGACAACUCUAUCCUCCAAUAUGGCGGGCUACACACACAGGGCCUCUGCCAGUGCUCUUGUCUUGUAA